AUGUUCGGGGAGGACGCCAGUGAGAUGCGAGUCUUGCCGUACUGGGGAAGAAAUCUUGGAAACAUCUCCCAGGAUCAUCUUCGUCUUUCUCUCAUCAACCGAGACUUCACGUCCAACGACUAUGAAGCUCUCCUCUCCCUCGAUGAGGCGGCUGGAAGGAGCAGAGGAGCCAAUCAGGAUCGCAUCGAUCGCCUCCCUUGCUACACCGUCGCUGAAGGCAGCAAGGCGCCGCCCUGCACCGUCUGUCUGGACCCGCUCAACGUCAGCGAUCAAGCUCGAAUCUUGCCUUGUUUGCAUCAGUUCCACAAAGAUUGCAUUGAUCGUUGGUUGAGGGACAACAGUACAUGUCCGGUUUGUAAGAUGGAUCCUUUCUCAGUGUGA